GAGGGGGCUGGCUCCCCUCCCGGCGGAGAGGAGCGGCGGGAGGCCGGGGAUCGGCGGUGGCGGCCGUCGGAGGAGCCCGGAGGAUGUCACCAUUGUUCAGUUGGGUGGCCAAGGUGCCUGAGAUUAUAAGCUCAAUUCGACAAGCUGGAAAAAUUGCUCGUCAAGAAGAGUUUCAGAACAACCUCUCAGACGUUGAAGACCCUUUUGCCAAAAAGUUCGAGGUGCUGUUCUGCGGCCGGGUGACGGUGGCGCAUAAAAACGCCCCCCCAGCACUCAUCGAUGAAUGCAUUGAGAAGUUCAAUCGUGCCAGUUGUACAAAACAAUCGGAUUGCAACUCCUCAUCCCAACAACAUGAAACUGCCAAUAACUUUGGAGGCUUCUCUUUCAGCACCAAGUUUCGGUCCGUCUUCCAACCCUUGGUCGGCGAAGAAGAGGAGAAAAGGCCGAUGAGGAAAUCUUUUUCUCAACCCGGGCUUCGUUCCUUUGCUUUUAAGAAGGAUUUGCAGGAGGGAAGCCAUAGGAGUAACAGCUUUAUCAGGUCCUUUGAAGAGGAUGCGAUUUCCCUCAACCUCAAAGGUCAACUCCUCUAUGGACACAGCGUUGUGCAGCCGACGGACAUUGCAGAAAACCGGACGAUGUUGUUUACGAUUGGCCAGUCUGAAGUUUACCUCAUCAGUCCUGACACAAAAAAAGUAGCAAUUGAAAAAAGCUUUAAAGAAAUAUCCUUUUGUUCUCAGGGAAUCAGACACGUGGAUCACUUUGGGUUCAUCUGCAGAGAGUCUUCAGAAAACGGAGGCUUUCACUUCGUUUGCUACGUCUUUCAGUGCACGGAUGAAGCGCUGGUGGAUGAAAUCAUGAUGACGUUGAAACAGGCCUUCACCGUAGCCGCUGUGCAACAAACUUCCAAGGCCCAGCCCCAGCUCUGUGAAGGGUGUCCUAUGCAAAGCUUGCAUAAACUCUGUGAAAAGAUAGAAGGGUUACACCCUUCUAAGACUAAAAUAGAGCUACAAAAGCAUCUGACGACACUAAAUAACCAGGAGCAGGCCUCUGUUUUUGAAGAGGUUAAGAAAUUAAGACCGAGAAAUGAUCAAAAAGAGAACGAGUUGGUCAUCUCUGUUCUGAGAAACAUGUAUGAAGAAAAACAGAAGGACCACGUUCACAUUGGAGAAGCGAAACAGCCUUCCCAACCCCCUGCUGAGAACGCGGCCAACGAGGUGCCCAGCAGCGCCCCGAGGUUCAGAUUAGAUAUGUUAAAGAACAAAGCAAAAAGAUCUCUGACAGAAUCAUUUGAAAGUAUUUUAUCACGGGGCAGUAAAGCCAGAGGGCCCCUGGACAAUUCUGGUGCUGGGGACUCGGACAGCACCACGUCUGGUACCUUCAGCAGCACGAGGAAAGAACCACCACCAUGUGAAAAGGAGAAGGACAGCCUUCCUACAGAGAACGCCGUUGGGAGCAGUGGAUCAGCAGGUGACCUCUCCAGCGAAGCAGAUGAUUCUCCUGUGGAGCAAUCUGUUCCCUUACCUCAGCAAAGCUUCCGGAGGCGAGCAAACACCCUGAGCCAUUUGCCAACAGAAAGCCAGGAGUCUCUGGUGCCCGUCGAAACGUCGCCCUCUCUUCCCCAGAGGAAACUCAUGAGGUAUCACUCAGUGAGCACAGAGACUCCUCACAUCAGAAAUUCUCCUGGUCAUCUCGCGCCUUCUCCUACUCUAACUCGUCUUAACCCCUCGGCCUCUUCGCCCAACUUCUUUAAAUACCUAAGGCAUAAUUCCAGUGGAGAACAAAGCGGGCAUUUUGCACAAAAGAGCAUCUCCUACCGUACUGCCUUAAGGAAAAAGCUUCAUUCUUCCUCUUCUGUGCCAAAUUUCUUAAAAUUUCUGGCUCCUGUAGAUGAAAAUAACACCUCUGACUUUAGGAGCGCGACAAGUGACUAUGAGUCCAGGCACGGCCAGCACGCCGGCGGCACGGACAGCCCCGUCAGGACACGGCGGCAUUCCUGGAGGCAACAGAUAUUCCUGAGAGUGGCAACCCCUCAGAAAGCAUGUGAUUCUCCCGGCCGAUACGAUGAUUACUCCGAAUUGGGAGAACUUCCCCCGAGGUCCCCGUUGGAACCGGUGUGUGAAGAUGGCCCCUUUGGGCCAGUGAAGGAAGAAAGGAAGCGAACGCCCCGGGAGCUUCGGGAGCUGUGGAAGAAAGCCAUUAUCCAGCAGAUACUGCUCCUCAGAAUGGAGAAGGAAAACCAGAAGCUACAAGCUUCAGAAAACAAUUUGCAGAACAGACGUUUGAAACUCGACUACGAAGAAAUCACACCGUGCUUAAAAGAUGUGACUUUGAUUUGGGAAAAAAUGUUGAGUACACCUGGAAGGUCAAAGAUUAAAUUUGAUGCAGAAAAAAUACACUCCGCUGUUGGGCAAGGGGUCCCACGUCACCACCGCGGGGAGAUCUGGAAGUUUCUGGCAGAGCAAUAUCAUCUUAAACACCAGUUUCCCAGCAAACAGCAACCAAAGGACACGCCUUACAAAGAGCUCCUAAAACAACUCACUUCCCAGCAACAUGCCAUCCUUAUUGACCUCGGGCGCACAUUUCCAACCCAUCCGUACUUCUCGGCGCAGCUGGGAGCUGGGCAACUGUCGCUCUACAACAUUUUGAAGGCCUAUUCCCUUCUGGACCAGGAAGUGGGAUAUUGCCAGGGCCUGAGUUUUGUAGCAGGGGUUUUACUACUUCAUAUGAGUGAAGAAGAUGCUUUUAAAAUGCUGAAGUUCCUCAUGUUUGACAUCGGCUUGAGGAAGCAAUAUCGUCCUGACAUGACAAUUUUACAGAUCCAGAUGUACCAACUCUCUCGACUGCUUCACGACUACCACCGGGAUCUCUAUAACCACCUGGAGGAACACGAGAUCGGCCCCAGCCUCUACGCUGCUCCCUGGUUCCUCACCAUGUUUGCCUCCCAGUUCCCCCUCGGAUUUGUAGCCAGAGUGUUUGAUAUGCUCUUUCUUCAAGGAUCAGAGGCUAUAUUUAAAGUGGCUUUAAGCCUUUUGGGAAGUCACAAGCCCUUGAUUCUGCAGCACGAGAACCUAGAGACUAUCGUUGAUUUUAUUAAAAGCACUCUCCCCAACCUGGGCUUGGUACAGAUGGAAAAGACCAUUAGUCAGGUGUUUGAAAUGGAUAUUGCCAAGCAGUUGCAGGCUUAUGAAGUCGAAUACCACGUGCUUCAGGAUGAGCUUAUAGAUUCGUCUUUAAAUGACAAUCAGAGACUGGAUAAAUUAGAAAAGGCGAACAGUAGCUUGCGCAAGCAAAACUUUGAUCUCCUGGAAGAACUGCAGGUGGCUAAUGGGAAGAUCCAAAACCUCGAAGCCACAGUAGAGCUUUUACUGACCAACGAAGGCAAGCUGAAGCAGUCCAUCCUCACCCUUGAGCAGGAGCGAGCGGCUUUGCUGAAGGCAGUGGAAGAGAUGCAGAAGAAGCUGGGUGAUACCGAUGGGAAGCCUCUGCUCACCAGGCACCACCACAUGGACGCUGACUGACCUCGACAGUAACGGGGCAGAGAAGCUGAGCGAGGAACAAAGGGAAGAACUGGGUCUUUUUGUCACGAUCCGUGGGGAUUUGGCCUUGCCACCUUCAUUGCACAUGCCUUACUGCAGCAAAGCCAGGUAGAGGCGUGGUGGCUUCCCGUGUCGGAGAAGCUGGUUUCUUGAGGAGAAGGCUCUUUCUUCUUAGUACAUAAAAUACUCCGAGCAAUGAGCUGCCGCUUCACACCCAGCAGGAGAAACUUCACAUGGCACUGCAAAGGUGUCAUGGGUUCUUCAGCAAGUGCUCCUUAACCUAAGUGCUUUGUGUCCAUCACGUGGUUGGUUUGUGCGUAGAUCCACCACCGUGUCCAACAGCGCGUCCUUCUGAAGGUCCUUUGAGGAAACACGGCGGCGUAAAACCUUUGGAAGGACGAGUGCCCCGUUGCAGCUCCAUGGUGGCAACAUCCACAGAGAGUUUUGUGCUGGGGCUGGAGGUAUUUUUGGCAGUGUAAUUUCCCUACAGCUUGACUGGGUUCUGUUAAUUAAGUUGUUUACGCUUCGGAAAACCGCUUCCUGCUGCUUGAAGGUGUCGAUCCAUCGGACUGCGGAGAGCUGGACUUCAUCACAUGUAACUAUGCAUCACUGGGGGGUUGCCAUCUGUUUUUAGAAGUACAUUGUUUUACUAUGUCUUUUGUUUAACAAUCAUUAAUUUAGUGGUUUGUUAGUUGGCAUUAUCUGGUACCGAUACUGUAUAUAGUAACCGCGUUAUUGUGCUUAACGACACACACUGACAUGGGUUUGGUGAAGCUGGGGACUCUUCCAGCAUCACCCAAGGAUUUAUAUUCAGACUCUUCUGAGUUUCAUCUUAUUUAUUUCUGAUCUCUUGUGUGAUGUGAGACAUCCUUUUGCUGGGAAACUAAUGCCCACCAUCAUUUUUUCCCCCUCGUUUGGUACUCCGUGCCCACCCACCCGUUGUGCAUCUUUUGAGUAAGAUUACACGUUAAAAAAAAAAAUAUGAAAAAAAUAAUUUUUUCAUUUCCUUAAUACAAUCAAAAUAGUUGUCGGGCCAGUUAAAGCACCACUGCUCCAAGUGCAAUAAUAUCCAUGGAUGUCCAGUUGUUGGGGUUUGCUUCGGAAUGAGCAAGAGUGCCGUAGUUUUGUUUGGAGUUCGCAGGCAUCGGUGGUUUGUGAUGGUGGAGAUCCACCUGGGAGAUGUGAUUUUUAUUAUAUUUUUUUUUUUUCAAAUGGAUGGUUUUAUUUUUAAAACUUCCAAGCACACAGUUUUGUUUUUUUUCUCUUGGACUGGCAACACAGGAAGGGUUUGGGUUCACUCUUUCCU